AUGGCGCCAAUCUCGGGGUCUUAUCCCAGGUAAAUCUCUCGGCACUUUCUGGAGGCUGAGCGAGUGGUUGAUGCUGAUAAGUCCUUGAAAAUUUUAACGUAUAUUAUAAAAUCAGAAACUGUUAAUUGUUCGCUUUUUUGGUGGGCGGGUGUUUGUAAAUUAUACUUUACCCCAACAGUUAGAGCGUAUAGGGAUGGGCGCCACUGGCUCGAUUUUAAUAUGUUUUAAAGUCUUAUGGAAACGUUAUGUUUUUAGGAUAUUGUAUACAGACAAUAAAAUAUCAAAAAUAACCCGUUAUAAAACUUACCUAUUCUGACAUUUCAAAACCGUAUACAUUUAGUGGAUAAUUUAUGCACACGAAGGUAAUAUUAUAAUACCACGAAUACGAAUAUAUUUGAAUAACGUCAUAAUAGCUAAUAUUGUAUAUUAUGGCUAUAAUAAUAAUAAAAUAAAAAAAAUACAAAUUUCUUAGAUGUUCUUUAUAAAUAUUAUCGCCAUCGGACGCUGGCUCGUUGCCAUUUUUUCGGACCGAGUCCGAUCCAGAGAGACAGGGAAAAAAAAAAGUCCAUUAACAGUAAAGAUAUAAUUAUAUUUCCGGUGUGUCCGCUAUAGCCGCGAUUUAUUAUAAGCGACUGAAAACGUAAAACGUUUUCGUUACGAAUUUUCACGUAUUAUUACAUUAAUAUAAUAUUAUUACUAUGCUGUGCGAACGUUUUUUGAUCGGUCGCCAAAAACCGUUGGCCCGAUUCGCAUAGAGCCGUGCCUUGUCGAACAACAGUUACAUUUCGUUCCCCCGUCAUCAAACAACGCGUGGUGAAUUAAUAUUAUGUCGUAUACCGAAAUAGGAAUUAAUCGAGAACAAAAGCAAAAAAACAAAAACGAACCCUUUUAAUCGCGAUUGUAACUUAUGUGGUCGGAGAUUCCAUGUAACUCACUGCUGCGGGUUAAAUAAUCAUAUAUCAUGUUAAAUCAGUGGCACAUUUAGAAAGUUAGUUACGGGAAGGGAGGGGGUGUGAGGGGGGUUAUGAUAAUUGUCUCGAUAAAGAGUUUUUCGGGAUUUUAUAGACCCGACCGUCUUAUCAACCCCGACAGUGAUUGCAUGACAUUAUACUUUAUGCCUAACACAAAAUCGAAUUUUAAUUUCGCGGAACUUAAUUCGUCCGAUGAAAUUUUGAUGUUUUAAUGGCUCGAAAAUAGUAAAAAAAAAAAAUUUACAAAAAUAAUCGUGUAACUGUAGAAUUGUUAAGUCUGACUACUGUAUAAACAAUACGAUAUGACUACGGUAGACUUUAAUAGUAUGUCGGUAUGUCCAUACACUUCUUAAACGGUAAUAACCGUAAUGACUCGCUCAACCGCGGCCCGCGAGGUUGUGGGGGAAUCGUCUUAAUCGCACAAGUAUAAUGAUCGUACAAGUAUCACGAUAAUGUACGUACAGGGUAUACACCCAUUGUAUGUACGACAUUAUACAUUUGUACAAAAUGGGUAAAAUAUCUUCGUGAGACGUCCUGUAUAAUCGUCGAACGAUACGGUCCGUGACGCUUUGAAAUCGGCAAAUCUAAUUUUACUGUAAACAGCCCAUUACUAUUUUUAUUAUAAUAGUAUCGUGCUGUCAUUCGCCUCGACAUAAAAAAAAAAAAAAAAUCAUAUUCACCAACGCGAUAGUAUUUUACGCAAACACACUGCAAACACGAUCGGCCGUAAAAAUAUUUGAACACCACUUUGCGACCGCUCGUUUUUGUUUGCCGAAAACGCGGCGAGCGGAAAUACAAUUGCGCACAGCGCUCGUCGUCUGCAGAUUUGAAAUCUGUCCAGUUCGUUCGCAACGGUCACGGGCCGACGGCGGGUGGAUGUUUAAGAGACCUUCGCGUAGUUUCCGCAGUCUGUCGCAGUGUAGUUAAGUCUUUGAAACGCAAAAAAAAAAAAAAUUGUUGAUCAGACGGGAGGUUAGUAACGUAUACGACCGGCCGCUAUAGUUUAAAAGAGGGAUUAAUGGGGGGGGGAACAAACAAACGUUCCGGUAUGACGAUUUUCAAUUUUGCCAUUGCACACUGCCAUUAUUAAUGAGUAGGUGUCUACCUACCGCACAAAGUACACUGCGCAACCUGACAGGAGGUCAGCACUGAACACGCGAGUGAUUUGACGCGACAUAAAAUGCAUUAUUUACCAUUAUCAGCGGUACUGAUAGUUUGAUCGCUAAUUUCAUCCGAUGACUAUUAAUCGAAACUUUGUUCCUGCGUAAAUAGUACAUUUUUUUUUUUUUUUUUACGCCCCGUAGGUUAUGCGUCCUCCGAAACCCCGGGUACCCCGGAUACGGCUGUACUAUAAAGUGUACAGAUUAAUAUCGUCAGUAAACAGAUUGUCGAGCAGACAUUCUUUUCCGGUAAUUGUAUUGCUAUAAUAUUAUUGUGACGCGAACACAUAUUAGUGCAAAACUAAAACGCGUCGUGUUCAAGUAAUUUUAGAAAAAUCAUUCCGGCCUACACAUUCUGGCGACAAUUAUUUGUCGUGUGCGUUUAUCGUUUUCAACGCGGAUUGCAAUGAUGAUGACUUUGUAUCAUUAAUUUCAAACCACUCAUAAGGUACACGGUUUUACAGCUUAGAUUGAUAAAUCCCAGGCGUCGGUUGUGGACUUACGGUAAACCAAUUAGGCGACCCCACAAAGAAAAGUUCAUAAAAAAUAUGCGCCUAAAGCUAUGAUUGAACUUAAUCCGCCCCCGUCUGUCCGAAAUCUUCACUCGACUAAUACACGCGCAUGGACUGUAAAACAUUGUUUCGCAAUAAAAUGCACAACACUAAUAUGUAACGUAAACACUGAAAUAAUUCCACUUGUACUAUUCGCAGGUAUCUGGUCGAACACCGUGGAUUCCCGGACGCCAGCGCCGGCGAGGAGGAGGCGCAGGCCGUGCCGUUUUACGGGGGCGGCAAGGGCAAGUAUCUGAUCAUUCAUCCGUCGGGCAGGACCACGGUGGAGGAUCACAAACCCAUGUUGGACGGGCCCAAGGACGAUGACGAGGAGAACGUGGGACAAGAGGGCGACGGCGAUUCCAGUUCCCCGUCCGAAGAGCCGCCCAACGAGUCCGUGAGCGUCAAUCUGCCGCCGGACAACGCGUCGGUGGCCGAGGCCAAGCCCGUGGGUCUGGCGAUAGCGGGCCCCGGCGGCGUGGCCUCCUCGAAGCCGGUGGCCACGGCGGUAGUAGGGCCCGGCGGCUUGGCUCUUGCUAAACCGGUGGCCACGGCCAUCGCCGGCAUACCCGGCGCCGAAGCGCUGGUUGGCGUAGCCGGCAGCGCGGCCAAGCAGAAGUCUAAAGUCGCCAUCGCGGCGACCACCACCACUUCGCCGCCGGCCAAGAAGACGGUCCCCGUUACCAGCGGAAAGACCAAAAGGUCCGCCUUGCUCCAAGCGCCCGACAGCAGCGUAGCCAUGAUUUGGCCCACGUAUCCGCUGUACAAAAUACCCGAGUCGCACUCUUGGGGAUUCAUUCUCAGACCGGUGCAUUUCAGCUCUCAGGCGAAUUGA